AUGAUUGCCCUGGAGCUCAUACCACUUGGGAUCAUUUUAUUGAUUGUCGCAUCGAUUGGUAUUGUUGGCAACACUAUAAUGGUGGUGGCGUUCUUUAAGUUUAAAAAACUCAAGUCUUACUGUCACUUGUUCAUCAUGCUGACAUGUCUAGCCGAUUGCUUUCAUAAUUACGGCCAGUUGAUCUUCACCGUCCAUCUUUUCGGGGAUUUUCAGACCCCACAAUUCAUAUGUUCUCUUGUGAAUAUCCCGACGCUUAUUGGUGUUAUCAGUGGGUCCUGUUGGAUGUUGGCAUUAGGUCUUGACAGAUUUUUCGCUUGUAAAUGGCCGAUCAGCUAUCGUACAUUUGUCGGGAAUACCUUCUACAUCGCCUCCCAAUGUGCGCUUCCAGUCAUCUACACCUCAAUUUUUAUGUUUCUGAUUUUUUUGGAAGUUGGUAGCACCCCAGUAACAUGUGCUGUCCCCUUAGCAAUGGGAUCCCAUACAUUCGUCAUUUGGUCUAUCUCAAACAUAGUUUUGAAUGGAAUCACUAUGAUGUUAUAUUCUAUAGUUAAUUGUUUUGUGCACAAGCAGGAGCAUGGCUUCAAAACCGUCUUCAAAUCCAUCUUCAUCACAGUCACCCUAGUCAUCGCCGGCUGGACAAUCACAUGCAUCACCAACACACUCGUCGUACUCUUCAUCCCCUCCGAAUACUCAAAACAACUCGUGAACAUGUAUGCAGGUAUCCCCGUAAACCUCGCCUGCUCUUCAAAUAUUUUCGUCUUUUACAAAAUCAAUCUAGACUACCGCAGUUGCAUCAGAAAACUUUGUUGCUGCAAGUGUGCAAAAGUGGCCGGCACUUCAUACGCAGAAACAAAACACUCGACGACGGCUGCGCCAUUACCCGCAUAA